AUGGGGGCAAACACGGAUUCUGUGUCUCUAUAUGUGGCGGACGGAAUGGGGGCAAACACGGAUUCUGUGUCUCUAUAUGUGGCGGACGGAAUGGGGGCAAACACGGAUUCUGUGUCUCUAUAUGUGGCGGACGGAAUGGGGGCAAACACGGAUUCUGUGUCUCUAUAUGUGGCGGACGGAAUGGGGGCAAACACGGAUUAUGUGUCUCUAUAUGUGGCGGACGGAAUGGGGGCAAACACGGAUUCUGUGUCUCUAUAUGUUGCGGACGGAAUGGGGGCAAACACGGAUUAUGUGUCUCUAUAUGUGGCGGACGGAAUGGGGGCAAACACGGAUUCUGUGUCUCUAUAUGUGGCGGACGGAAUGGGGGCAAACACGGAUUCUGUGUCUCUAUAUGUUGCGGACGGAAUGGGGGCAAACACGGAUUCUGUGUCUCUAUAUGUUGCGGACGGAAUGGGGGCAAACACGGAUUCUGUGUCUCUAUAUGUGGCGGACGGAAUGGGGGCAAACACGGAUUCUAUGUCUCUAUAUGUGGCGGACGGAAUGGGGAAAGCCACCAAUGUCCUCUACAUGACUGCCACCAAAGACCUCUACAUGACCGCCACCAACGACCUCUGA